UUUAAGUUGGUCAUUAAACUCCAUUGAAGAAGAAGUUUCCUCAGCCUGUCUUCACGGAGGAGUUUCUAAGAUGUAGCUGCUGAACCUUCAUGAGAUAACUCAAAGUUAGGGAAACUAUGAGAGAAUAAUAACUCCAGACAGAGACAGACCCUCUACCAUGACUGUGUCGGUGCUCAGGAGUCCGGACAGACCCGGACAGUUGACCUGAACCCCUCCUCCUGUUGACGUUAGUUCAGGGUCAGAAAACUGCAGAUUCUGGACAAUGUUGUCUUUCCGACCCCUCCCGUGUCUGCUUCUGCACUUGUUUCUGGACCUGCUCGGACCUGAAGGAUCUCAGACAGGUUCAGUUCCCAGUGCUGUUAAAACUUUGGUCUGGGGACCUGGACUGGAGGCGGACCCUGUCCUUCCAGCCCGUUUUUUCUUCAUCCAGGCGGUGGACAGCUCGGGGACAAAGUAAGUUUAUUCAUAUUAAUAUAUUUAUAUGUGUCCGUUAGUGUGUCUUUACCCAGUUUCUUCGUUUUAUUGAUCUAUUUAUUGUUGUUUUUUGAAGUUUCACGCAACCUCUUGAAUUUUAAGUGCGCACUUAUUGGGAUAAUUACAGUAUAGGGGAGAGUGGGGUAAAGUGAGACAUGUUUACAUUUUACAGCUAAAACCAUAUAUGAGUAAAACUCACUCAUUUCCCUUUAAUUCAGGGUGUUUCCUUGGAAAUGAUCAGAAUGUCUUCAAGACGAAGGGCAGAGGAAAUAGGAUUGUUUUUAAAAAACUGGUCUUGUGUCCCAGAUUAGGGGUAAACUGAGACAGACCUGAGAAACCAAGGGGGUAAAGUGAACCAGCUGGGGGUAAACUGAUCCACUUACUUUUUCACUCUGAAACUACCGUAACAACAAUAAGAUCAAACAUGAUAUAAUUCAAGAUGUUUUAAGUAACAUUCAAAUGACAGACAGAGUCAGAACACAGGACCCUUAGAGAGUGUCAGGGCGUCAGAGCAGAGAAAGGAAUAAUUUGUGAACGAUGAGAAUAUAUUGUGGCUCGACAUUACAGACUUCAUGCACAUAUUGGUGCAUCUUUACUAAGUUCUUUCUGGCUGAUCGACUGUCAGAAUCUAUGAAACCGCACUAUAAAUACGUUUGUCUGUCUGAUUAGUAAUUAUGUUUUAUUCUAACCUAUUUCAUGAGACUGAUAGACUCACUACCUCUGAGACUGUCUGUACAGGUACCAUGAACAUGUGUACUUAUUAAUAUCAUCUUUUCCAGAUUAAAUUCUUUAAUGACAGUUUCUUCCUCAAUAUUUCAUGAGCCUGGUGUAUUUGGCUUUUUCGCUUGAAACAGAAAUAUUCAUAUUCAUACAUACGCCGAUUUUCUCUCCUUUACAGUUUAACAACUUCCCCUGGUGAGAAAACAUUUGAGGUUAAGAUGGUCUCUCCAACAGAGCAGUUUGUCAGGAUUUGGAUCCAGGUCCUGGACCGUCAGGAUGGCUCCUUUCUGGUACGCUACAGAAUGUAUGCCACCUACAGAGACCUUCAGAUACACAUUCUGCUGAAGAACAAGCAUGUUGCUCAGUCACCAUUCAUUCUUAAAGGUAAAACACGUUUCACAGUGACUGCUGCCCCAGAAACUGAUAAAGAAGGUGACAAAGACGGAUCUCACCAUGUUCCUGUUCUCCACAGGCUCCAUCUACCAUGAGGGCUGUGACUGUCCCCAGCCCAUUGGGUCUGUAUGGGAGGCCCACAUGCACUGCCCCCAGUCCUUCCCCCAGAUAGAUAGGGACCUGGACUUCUUUGCUAGUGUGGACCCAGAUCGCAACGCACAGGAGAUCCCAGAGCGCUUUGGACAGAAACAAAGUCUGUGUCACUACACUGUCAAAGACAACAAGGUACCUCAGAGCGUGAGCUGUAAGAUUUGCAGUAAAUGUCAGAAUUUGUCGACUAAACAUAUUUCAUAUUGCACUAAUUUUGUUGCUAAUGUAACAACAAAUAGAUCAAUUGGUCUCAUAGUAGCUUAAAUAAAAUCACACUAAACUAUCUCCACAUUUAGACGGUCAGAUUCCAGCACUACCAAAGGCUAGUAUAGAGAUAAACCGAAGUGUGUCUUUGGUUCAAGAGUAAUUAGGGUCAUGUAACAAUGUAAAGUCAGUACAGAGAGCCUGGGGUGAUAAAACACACCUGUAAGAAUAAUCUAUGAUUGAAUUUUCUAUUGACCCAGAUUUUUACUCUUUUUAGGUCUACGUUCAGACUUUUGGAGAGCAUGUAGGUUUCAGAAUCUUCAUGGAUGCCAUUCUCCUGUCUCUCACCAGAAAGGUAAGGUCCUUCUUAACUUUGUGAAUUACAGCUAUUCUUAAAAUUAAAGAAAACAUUGAUAACACUUUUAGUUCAAAAGACACGUCUUAGGUUCCCAUCUUUUUAGUUAAAAAUGGAAAUAAACAGGUGAAAGCACUUGUGUAAAAGGGGCAAUGGUUUAACUGGACCUCAUACUUGAGACCUCAAUGGAACUGGAUUUGUUGGUGAUGUAGAUGCAGUCAGAACAAUGAAUGAUGGCAAACUGACACACUCCCUUCCAGUUCACACUCUUUAUUGUUUGUUGUUUUGUGUGAUUUCUGCAAGAAAAAUAUAAAGUCAUUUACAUUUCACCUUCAACACUUCUGUCCAGGUGCGUCUCCCUGAUGUGGAGUUUUAUGUGAACCUGGGUGACUGGCCUCUGGAGAAAAGAAAAUCCAGUGAAAAUCUUCAUCCGAUCUUCUCAUGGUGUGGCUCCAACAAUACCAGAGACAUAGUCAUGCCCACCUAUGACCUGACUGAGUCUGUCCUCGAGACCAUGGGAAGGUAACGCAGUUAAAUUAUAAAACAAUGAUGUUGUGAAAUUUGGAUUGAGUCUGCAUUAUCAUAAUAUCUGAACCAGAAUUAGCAGACAAAACUCACACUUGGUCGCCGUACUAACAAAAACUUUAGAAAGUGUAUAUAAUGCUGAUAUUGCACUGUCAUUAUUAUUAUUGUUAUUAUUAUUAUUAUUAUUAUUAUUAUUAUUAUUAUUAUUAUUAUUAUUAUUAUUAUUAUUAUUAUCAUUAUUAUUAUUCUUGUUAUUAUUAUUAUUAUUAUUAUUAUUAUUAUUAUUAUUAUUAUUAUUCUUGUUAUUAUUAUUAUUAUUAUCAUUAUUAUUAUUCUUAUUAUUAUUAUUAUUAUUAUUAUUAUUAUUAUUAUUUAUUAUUUAUUAUUAUUUAAUUUUAUUGUUGUUGUUGUUGUAGAUUUGACAAAAUACAACAGUUUAAGAAGAGUAACAAACCAUAACCAAAUAUUCACUGGGGUAUAGUUUGUUGAACUUGGCUGAUAUUGUUGUCAGUAUUAAAUAUUACAUUAUGAUACAACAGAAAAACAACAAUCAAUGAUUUUUUUAUUGAUUGAAAAUGUUUGUAAAGGGUGAUGGAAAUGAUGUGUUUCCAUUUAUGGAACAUGAGGUUCAAUGCUGAUGCUGACUCCGAUGUACUGCCAAUAUUUCGAUUAAUUAAUCGACUGACCGAUCAAUCUGUAAAUACUGUCUCCAUUCUUGUCUGUGAUUCUCAUUACUCUGCCAUUAUCUUUGCAUGAGUCUGACCGUUACAGAUCCUUCGAUCAAUAAUUUGACAACAUAUUGUCCGUCCAAUGAACAGAGUAAGUCUCGACAUGAUGUCUGUUCAAGCCAACACGGGGCCGCCAUGGUCAGAGAAAAACGCCACAGCCUUCUGGAGGGGCCGGGACAGCCGUCAGGAGCGUCUGGAGCUGGUCAAGCUUUCACGGGCCCGCCCUGACAUGAUCGACGCCGCCUUUACCAACUUCUUCUUUUUCAAACAUGAUGAGAGUCUUUAUGGGCCUCUGGUCAAACAUGUUUCUUUCUUUGACUUCUUUAAGGUGAGCGUGCAGUUUUAUGAUAUUUACCUGUGAUGAGGUUGAAAUUAGAAUUAUCUCAGUAAUGUACGUAGUUCUGAUUAAUACAAUAAUGCAUGAAAUAGAUAGUAAAAUAUGCAAGGACCACCUUAAACAGGUGGUCUUAGCAUCACAGAGUUUGGUGUUUUUUUCCAAGAUAACGCACAAUAAUCGGACUAACCUUUCCAUGCUCACCACCAGUACAAGUACCAGAUUAAUAUUGAUGGCACUGUGGCUGCAUAUCGACUGCCAUACUUGUUGGCGGGAGACAGUGUGGUUUUAAAGCAGGAGUCUGGUUACUACGAGCACUUCUACAACGAGCUGCGGCCGUGGGAGCACUUCAUCCCAGUCAGAGCGGAUCUCGGAGACUUGCUGGAAAAGAUCCAAUGGGCUCGUGACCACGAUGAAGAGGUGAGAUGAUCAAUGAUUGAACAGGCCUGUGGUUGAAUUCUCUUCAAUCUUGUUGCUUAUAGAUUUGCUUUAACAUAGUUCAACAUUUUUUUUUUUUCCCUGAUAAAGUUUAUUUUGUGCUUCAUGUGUGGCUUUUUGAUCAGAAAGCUUUCAGAAACGGUUGUUCUGACUCCUGUUCAGACCCUGUCUCAAACUUCCUGUCUUUCAGGCAAAGAAAAUUGCGUUGGCGGGUCAGCAGUUUGCCCGGAAUCACCUCAUGGGAGACAGCAUAUUUUGUUACUAUUACAAGCUUUUCAAGGUAACGUACGAUAUAUACAAUUUUAAAGUCGUAUAAAUCAUCAGGUUGAAAACAACAAGGUACUAAACGUAAAAGAAACUUACUUAAAUUCUUUACCGAUGGCCGGCAUAUGGAUCAGCAUUGUAUAGCUAAAUGUAUGUGUCACUGCGUACAACCAUGUCCAAAUGCUGUGAGAAUACAUAAUAGGAUUUUUCAUGAUGUAUUUUCCCCACCUGUGAUAGCUCCCUCCGUACAUCUAGUGCUCUUCUUUUAGGAGUACGCCAAACUCCAGGUAACAGCGCCCAAGAUCCGUGAAGGCAUGGAGCUGGUGGAGCAGCCCAGUGAUGACCUGUUCCCAUGUCCCUGCCUCAGGAAGAGGGUAAAGGAUACUGUGAAGUCUCUGUAAACAAGCUUUAACCAUCUAGUACAGUCAGUAACAACUGCUGUCAAAAGCUGUAGUGAGACUGCGGUUUGUUGAGGUUUGUUCUUCUUGUUCCUUAGUUUCGUGGAUGCAUUAUUUUCAAGAUGACAAAACACUGACUCCACAACAUAACAUAACAUACCUACAUAUGUCGAGCUGCAUGUCUAAGAGUCAAAACCAGGUUCUUUAAAUAGUUUAGAGCUGAUCCCCAAAUUAAAAGAGGAGCCGGACUGUAAAUGAAUUUUGAAGAACGCUGCUGUUACAAGGAGAUUUAAAUAAGUGCUUUGACUCUUAAAAUGUGUUUUUCUAAGGUUUCAUUUUUCAAGCCCACGGUAUAUCUGUCAAACUGAGAGAUGCUCUCUGAUAGAAAAUGUGACAGUGGUUCAGAAGCCAUGGAUUUUUCAUUCAUUCUUUGACCCUAUUUCUGUUUAUUUGGUUUUAAUUUAGAAUGAGAUUCUGUGGCCCAGGGUUCGAUUAAAAUCACCUGAUAACAGGACUUGAAGAAAGUGACAUUUGUAUCUGAGCAGACUAAUAUAGCUUUCCCCAAUGGUGACUAAACUUGAGUAAAGUAACUGCUCUCAACUUUGACAUGCAGAGUUUGGCUCCCUCUAGUGGAUAACUGGUGCAGCUUUGCUUUCCUUCAUUUAAGGCGAAUGGACAUGAAGAUGUGACUAAAAUAUCACAGACCAUGCUGAUCCUCCCAGGUGUGCCUGAUUAGUCCUUUUGAUUCAGUUUCCAGUGUCAGUGAAAGCAGGUGGAGCGUUACUUGUACAACAUAAGAUGACCAAACUCCUGAACAGAGUGACUGAGGGGAAACUGUUUGAUCUGAACAGGAGCAACCAGAUGAAAUGGAGCAAGAGGAACAUGUGACUCACUGGUUUCCAGUGCCUGUUACCACUCUGUGCCCUAUUUUACUGACACUGGUGAUAAGUGAUCAGUGAGUGAGUGAGUUAGGGCUUAAAAUGGUAUAAAACUAAGAAAAUACAUUAUCUGGAGAUAAGGCGUGCCCUGAAGAAAUCAUCUAAAAACAGCAGAUCUCCACUAUGAACUUAUUUGCUUGAAAUUACAUGUUUUUGUUUUGUUUGUAAUGAAUUCGAGUUAGAGUUUAAAAAUUCAUGUUUUUCUUUUUUCCAGUCGAAGGAUGAACUAUGACGGACCAACAUCCAGUCCCAGAGAAAUCCUUUAUAUCCUGUUUACUGCAGAUUCAUGUUCUGGACUUUGAAUGAAAUGAAACGACAUCAGCAUCUUUCUUUCUUUCUUUUUUAUAAUGAUUUUAGUCACUUUAUUUGGAUGGUACCCCUGUUGACACUACAUACUAUCAGUUCAUAUGUUAUUGUGUGUUAACAGUGUGUUGAACUGUACUGUGUGUCGUCAACAGUUUUCACUUUCAUUGGAAAGUCUUAAAACAUGUCUAUGGAUACUUAACUAAGACUGCCAGCUGGUAGUCUGCUGCUGCUUUGAACUUACAGACUGAUAAAUGUAGUAAAUUAUCGACGUCGUAGAGGAAGUUGGUCAUGUACUGACAGUCAAAGACCGCUCACACAAAAGCACAAUGACGGUCAGGAGAGAGUUACUGCAAAACGUUGACACAGACACUUUAAUGCGUACUGCUGGUCUGUUAAUAGAGUGUUGUUGAAUAUGAACUGACUGGCUGUAGAUGGUCACCUCUAUGUCUCCUGUUAGCAUGUCAAAUGUCAACAGCAGACGAUCAAAAUAAAGUGUUACCAUGGUGGAUUUUCUCUGGGGUUGUACAAA